AUGGUCCAAUUGGCCAUAUUCAAUUGGAGGUGUCUCGAGAAGGUCCCCCUUCACAAUCUCAGCCUUGUGCCCAGUCAAACCUUUACAGCCAUACAGUACCUGGAGACAGCCAGGGCACCAGAGGCAAGGGAGUCAGGUCCCCCCUUUAACGACACCAACGUAACAACGCAAAACCAGCGAGCCGCAGCUGACAUCUCUUACACACCUGCCUGGAGUCCUGGGUCACGGUUGCCCAUGCUGUUGGAGCAACUUAUCGAUAUACCAGUUCCUUCCUGGCUGCAUGAUCGCCUUUUCUCCCAGCACUGCAUCAAGCUCAUAGAAGUUGGGAUGACAGUCUCGAACAUUCUUGAGUUUUGGUCCCUCCAAAACGACAUUGUCCUCGUGCGGGAUGGCACACACACCCGAGAAGUCCCCCUGGACGUGCUCCACCCAAUCAUUGCAUCUCGAAAGGAAGAUGCUGUGGUGUGCACAAGUCCAGGGCCCAAUUUCGGACAGCUCUUCAAAAUCAAGCCAUGGCCCGCCCUGCGUUGCGUCUCGCAAAUACCUUGUUGGCGUCUCUGA